UAGCUUUAUCUUUGUAACUAUUUUACCAGUCGUAAAAUAAAAUUGGAUUAAAAAGGUUAGCCCAACAGCUUUUAUGGUUUUUAAAAGAGAAAACAGUGGACAUUUUCUUACCAAAACGACGCUCCACGAAAAUCGUUCGCGACGUUUCUAUUUAAAUUCUUCAACACAUUUACCAUGUUCAACCUCUAUCAAAAUAUCAACAAAAAAGAAGACCAAGAAAAGGAACCGGAUGUGAUUGGUCACGAAAGAUUCUACCAAGCAAGAUCGAGAAGUACGAAAAAGAAGAAACGAGUUACUAGAAGAGCUCAUAGUGCUGCUGAGUUUUCACCGACAACGUUAUCGGCUGCGAAUAAAAGAGCUGCUUUUAGAGCUAGAAGUCAGAGUUCUGAAACUAAGAGUGAGGAUGGGAGGGCGACGCCGCAGAGAGCUGAUUCCUUGGCCAAGAUGUUCUUUGGAAAGCGACAACAAGGAAGCGUCCAAAAACACGAAUACAGCGCUCUGAAGACAGAUGGAGGAAACGAAAAAUUUCGAGGCGAACGCCAAAUCCGCAAUGGAGCUUUUAUUACGUGCAGAAAUAAUCUCGAAAACAACGAACGAUAUGAACUGAAAACCCAGCUUGACGAUAUUGGCUCGAGAGCCGACAAGCAUUGGUUCAUCGUCCAAGAUAACAUUCUAGGAGCUGAAAGACUGUUAGCCUUACUACCUCUCCCAUCAACUUGUCCGAUUAGUCCGUCCCAAGUGACCCGAGACACGCUUUUGUCUUUGUUUCGGGGAUUGCAACAUCCGUACAUCCACCCCGUACUUGAUAUAGAGUUCUGGGAUGCGGGAGCGGCAGUUGUAAGCCCUCUAAAUCCCACCGGAAGCCUCAAGGAUUUAAUUUACGGGUCAGUCUGGCACGAAGACUAUGAAAAAAAGUAUACGUCUAGAGGCGAAGGACUUUCGUUGAGGACGGUUCAGUGUUUGGGUCGGCAAAUACUUGAAGGUCUCCUUUUUUUACGAAAUCGGUAUUUUCCACCCAUUUAUCAUCUUCACUCAGGAAAUGUAAUAAUCCAAAAUGGAGUUGCCAGAUUAGCUGGACUAGAGAAUCCAUUACUUGGUUUACUACCUAAAGCCCCUUCUGCCCCAGAAACUUUAUCGUUUGGCUAUCUCUUAUUUGAGAUGACAGCUGGAUAUGAAUUGCCCGGCCCUCCCUCCCCCGCUCAUUUGCAAUUAGAACUUGAAAGGGCGCCCAAAGUUGCUGAAGCCUUGGAGUACAUUUUCCAAACUUCCAGGACACCAUCGUUGGACGAACUUGUCAGAUGUGAUCUUUUCCGUGGAGUUGAAUUAAGGGAACUUAGAGGUGCCAGUAUCAUACAAAGUGUAUCACCACCAGAUGUUCUUGAUCUUUUAGAAAUGGUAAAAAACCCCGUGCCACCAUCACCUUUAAGGCGAAUUAGAAUACAUAUUGUGCAUGCAGUCGACACUUUGCAGAUGAUUUAGAACCGUGGUUUGCAUGAAACCCGAAGUUGGCACGAGCACUGCGAUACUGCCCUUCGUCUGCUUCUAAAACUUGGAUAAAAGUAAUCAAAACCAGGAAAAAAUCAAAAUACGUUUUUAUUAAUCCCCAAAGUAAAUCUAUGUCAUUCACAAAAUAAUGUUACAAGACAAUCGCAAGUUAAAAUGCAAUACGUAACUUAACAAUAUAUUCUCAAGACACUUGUAGUUGUGACCUAUUGUAAUAAAUAAUAGUUUUCAUUGUUCUAUUGUAAUAUUUCGAUAAUAAAACUGGUUUCUUUUUA